AUGGCCAACAUCUCGACGCUGCGUACCGCCCCGUCCCCGCACGCAGCCAACGGCCGCAGCCGCGGCCUCGCGGCGCUGCUGACCGUCGGCGCGCAGCUCACGGCGGCGCUCACCAUCCCGGUGUGGGCACUCACGUACCUCGUCACGCGCCCGCGCAUCCCCUUCAAGAUCUACCUCAUGGCCAAGAUCUUCCGCAUCGCGACGACCAUCAACCCCGGGCUGAUUGCGCGCGAGUCGGCGGCAGAGUCGGCGGACGUGCCCGCCAAGCCGCUCAUCCCGGCCAGCGCGGAGCAGUGGGCGAGCGUCACCCUCACGAAAGUCACCGCGCCGCUCGCGCCCGCCUUCCAGGACAAGGUGCCCAAGCCGGCCGGUGUCGAGGCCCAGCCGGCGCCGGGGUUCAUCCUCACGCCCAAGGAAGCGCUGGGCAAGGGCAGCGACAAGGCGGCAAAGGGCGAGAAGAUUGUGAUCUACUACCACGGCGGCGCCUACGUCGUCGGCCACCCCCUCUGGACGCCCUUUGGCGUCAAGCUCGCGCGCGACACGGGCGUGCGCGUGUACGCCGCACAGUACCGCAAGGCAGUGGACAAGACGUCUGCAUGGCCCGCGCCGCUGCUCGACGCGCUCGGCGCGUGGUCGUACGUGACCUCCGAGCUGGGCUUUGAGCCGGGCAACGUCGUGCUGGUCGGCGACAGUGCCGGCGGGCACCUGUCCCUCGCCGUGUCGAGCACGCUCGGCGCGCAGGGCCACCCCGGCCCGGGCGGCCUGGCGCUGUGCUCGCCCUGGACCGACUACACCGUGUCCAGCAAUUCGUGGCGUACCAAGGGAUACGACUACCUCUCGCCCGCGUGGAUCCGCAACUCGAUCAGCUCCAUCACGCGCUUCUACACCCCCGACGCGGUGCGCGGCGCCAUCCUCUCGCCUGCGCUCGCGCCCGCCGGCGCGUUCGCCCACCUCAAGGGCACGCCCGUGUUCCUCUCUGUCGGUACCGAGGAGACGCUCGAGGACGAGGUCCGCGCCCUUGCGCGCAACCUCCGCGGCGACGGCGCCGAUGUCACCGUCUGGGACGACGAGGACGCCCUCCACGACGCGGCCGUCUUUGCGCCCGUGUUCGGCACCGAGGAGUCUUACAAUGGCUUCAAGGACGGCGUCAAGGCGACGCUUGACAAGCUUUAA